UCUUCUCUCCAGUUUGCUCUUAGACAACCACAGAAGAUGGCCCAGUUUAGCCUGACUGCAGCCUCCGUGCUCCUUCUGCUGUCCGUGGCUCUGCUCUGCACGAACGCUGCAGCUGCCUGCUGUAGCAGAUACGUGGAGAACGAAAUAUCAAUCGCACGCAUUAAUGGAUACUCGAUACAGACCAAUCGCGGCAGAUGCCACAUCAAUGCUGUUAUUUUCCACACAAUCAAAGGCAAAGACCUUUGUGCAGACCCAGCUCAGCCCUGGGUGAUGAAUCGCAUCAAAUUCCUUAGGGAGAAAGUUAAAAGCAUGAAAGGCAGUAACACCACCUCUCAAGCAAAUUAAUCCACUAACAUCUUGAAAGAAGAUACGAGUCGGCCAUCGCUUCACUUUUUUUUAAAACU